GCAGCUCCCCAGGAGCCCCCUGCUCGGUCUCCCCAGGCAGGCAGUGGAGUUGGCCCAGCCCCUGGGCGCACCAUGCGCGGCACCACGCUACUGGCACUGUUGGCGCUGGUCCUGCUCUACUUGGUGUCUGGUGCCCUGGUGUUCCAGGCCCUGGAGCAGCCCCACGAGCAGCAGGCCCAGAGGGAGCUGGGGGAGGUCCGAGAGAAGUUCCUGAGGGCACAUCCCUGUGUGAGCGACCAGGAGCUGGGGCUCUUCAUCAAGGAGGUGGCUGAUGCCCUGGGAGGGGGUGCAAACCCAGAAACCAACUCGACCAGUAACAACAGCCACUCAGCCUGGGACCUGGGCAGCGCCUUCUUUUUCUCAGGGACCAUCAUCACCACAAUUGGAUACGGCAACGCGGCCCUGCGCACAGAUGCUGGGCGCCUCUUCUGCAUCUUUUAUGCACUAGUGGGAAUCCCACUGUUCGGGAUCCUGCUGGCAGGGGUCGGGGACCGGCUGGGCUCCUCCUUGCGCCGAGGCAUUGGCCACAUCGAAGCCAUCUUCCUGAAGUGGCAUGUGCCACCGGAGCUGGUGCGAGUGCUAUCAGCGAUGCUCUUCCUGCUGAUCGGCUGCCUGCUCUUUGUUCUCACGCCGACGUUCGUGUUCUGCUAUAUGGAGGACUGGAGCAAGCUGGAGGCCAUCUACUUUGUCAUAGUGACGCUCACCACCGUGGGCUUUGGCGACUAUGUGGCCGGCGCCGACCCCAAGCAGGACUAUCCAGCCUACCAGCCGCUCGUGUGGUUCUGGAUCCUGCUUGGCCUGGCCUACUUCGCUUCGGUGCUCACCACCAUCGGGAACUGGCUGCGAGUAGUGUCCCGCCGCACUCGGGCAGAGAUGGGCGGCCUCACGGCGCAGGCUGCCAGCUGGACUGGCACAGUGACCGCACGGGUGACCCAGCGAGCCGGGCCCACUGCCCCGCCGCCAGAGAAGGAGAAGCCACUCCUGCCUCCACCGCCCUGUCCAGCGCAGCCGGUCAGCAGGCCGCGGUCCCCUGCGCCCCCCGAGAAGGCCGAGCCGCCUUCCCCGCCCACGGCCUCAGCCCUGGAUUACCCCAGCGAGAACCUGGCCUUUAUCGACGAGUCCUCGGACACGCAGAGCGAGCGCGGCUGUGCGCUGCCUCCCGCGCCGCGGGGUCGCCGCCGCCCCAACCCCUCCAGGAAGCCUGCGCGGCCCCGGGCCCCCGGGCGGCCCCGAGACCAAGGCGCGCCGGUGUAG